AUGUCCGUCCCCGCCCGACUGCAGAAGAUCCGGCGCAUAGUUUGGACAGGAGCCAUCGCGGGUGUAACAGCGACAGGAGCAUGGUAUGGCGCUGGACUGAAAAUACAAAGGGAUGCGAAAAGGGAUGUACAAAAACGCUACGAAGCCACGCCCGCAGAAAAGAUAGCACAGCUUGAGGAACAGAGGGGCGGCUUGGUCGCGAAAAGAAUUGGGUUGGAGAAGAAGAUUCAGGAGCUCGAGUUGAGAGCGCAAGGGAAGACGUGGGCGGAGAGUAGGGAGGGGAAGGAACGGAAGCGGUGA